AUGAAAACCGGACAGUCCCCUUCACAGAUCGCCCUACACCGGCCUUCACAUGUCUUUGUAGGGAGAUGUCCUCAGACCAGACCCUGGACCGGACCCUGGACCGGACCUUGGGCCGGACCCUGGACCGGACCCUGGACCGGACCCUGGACCGGACCCUGGACCGGACCAUGGGCCGGACCCUGGACCGGACCCCUGGACCGAACCAUGGGCCGAACCUUGGAGCGGAUGCACUCUGUUGGGGGGGACCGGCGAGACUCUGAGGGGGGCGAGAGACUGGACUCUCUUGGAGGAACAGUCUCCUCUGGAUGGGACGACGAGGAUCUCAGAGAGGCCGUGAGCUCGCUGGCUCGCCGCAACCGAAUGGGCCAAGACUGUGGACUGCAGGACAUGGACAGCGGACCGUUCGAGGACCACAGCUCCGAGUCCACGUUCAGAGACUCUCGGUCCCAGUCCCAGGACUCUCCCCCAGACCUGCCUUCAGACCUGCCCCUGGACCUGCCCCGGCCCACGUGCUUCCGCUCACGUUCCCACAGUUACCUCAGAGCCAUCCAGGCCGGCUGCUCCCAGGACGACGACUCGCUGUCACUGGACUCCACGUCGCCACCCCCCACGGAGAGCAGCGUCCGCACCUACAGCACAGACGAGGUGUCGGCUCAGUGGGCCCAGUGGAAGCAGCAGUUCGGCUCUUACCUCAGAGCCACAGGUUUAGACAAGAGCUCCCAAAGAGAAGCAGCUGGAGGCUUUACUGCAGAGACUGGACCUGCACCGGCCCCCAGCCAGGAGCCCUGCCCGACCCCCCACCAGGGCCUCCACCAGGGCCUCUGCUAA